AUGGCAACCAAGGCGGUGGUAGAUUGGAGUAGGCUUAGGCGCCUCAUAUUCUCUCUGUUUGUAUCGCUGGCGGUGGGGCGGCGGGUCGGAGCGCAAGAUCGAGUCAUGAUGAUAUCGUGCGACGGAUUCCGACACGAUUACCUUUCCCUCGCGGAUACGCCUAAUUUGGACAGGCUGAGAGAGAAUGGAGUCUACGUACCGAAGAUGAAGCCGAUCUUCCCAUCCAUCACCUUCGUGAAUCAUCAAGCCAUCGCCACGGGUCUCCACGCCGAGACCCACGGAAUCAUAGCAAACGAUAUCAUCGAUACCGAGACGGGAGAACUGGUAAACAUGUUCGUGGACGGUGAGAAAUUUGCUACCGCGGACCCACGCAUCAUCCCCAUCUGGGUAAGUCUACGUAACUGGUGUGGGACACUUUUAGAGUUUCGUCGCUUCACCCACUUCCUGGAGACCUCAGCGACCCGUUGUCCUGCGCUGAGUAACCGGAAGAUUGACGAUCCGCAGAGCACGGUGAUCCUUCAUUGUGGGGAACAGUGCAAAGUGACGAAUGAAGAGGCAGGGGAAGGAAGGUAUUCGGGAGUGAGUAUGUGGGCCGGAAGUAAUUUUCACUGGGGCCCAAAUAAAGCACUUCCCACUCAUCUCACGUUGUACAAUGGGAGCGUGCCGUGGGAGGAGCGAGUGGACAUCGCCCUUUCCUGGUUCUCCGACCCGGAUCGACCGGCCAAUUUCGUCGUCUUCUACUUGGAGGAACCCGAUAGAACGGGGCACGAUAACGGGCCGGAUUCUCCGGAGGUGAAGGCGAUGGUGAAGAAGGUGGAUGCAUUGUUUGGAUAUCUCGUGUCUCGGCUCGAGGCUCUGAGCCUGUUAGACAGGACAAAUCUCAUCUUACUUUCGGACCACGGGAUGCUGGGAGUGAAUCGCAGCAUGGCAAUAAACCUAAACUCCAUCCCCGUCCCUCCCAUUUUUGUCGUCCACAUGGCAGGGAAAGAGGAAAAAGUUUAUCAGGGAUUCUUCAAUGCAUCCAUGACGAAACCAUUCACAGUGUACAAAACGGAAAACACCCCCAAAGAAUGGCAUUACGGACCCACAUCACAUUCCCCACCAUUGUUCCUAGUUGCGGGCAAAGGAUAUACUUUCAGUGAUGAUGCCUGGUUGCUGAAUACCCCCAAAGACCCGAGGAACGAGAUGGUCGGGGUCCACGGAUACACCAAUUCCUUUCCCGAAAUGCAGGCCUACUUGAUCGCCCACGGCCCGGCAUUCAAGAAGGGGUACGUCUCCCCCAAAGAUGCCGUUUUCAACAAUCUUGAUGUGUAUCCUUUGCUCUGUCACCUCUUGGGAAUCCAAGCUCGUCCAAAUAACGGAACGCUGGAAAACUCGAAGAAAUUUCUGAAGACAACCACCUCGACUGGCCACGGUUUCGGUAAGAGGAGAGAUAGCAGGCGCCCUCACCCGAGUUUCUAUCGCCAAGCCCAGGGUAUUCAGCUCCAGGCAACUCGAACGUUGUCCCCUUUCGGUUUUCCCAUCAUCCCUCGACAGAUGGCAACCAAGGCGGUGGUAGAUUGGAGUAGGCUUAGGCGCCUCAUAUUCUCUCUGUAUCGCUGGCGGUGGGGCGGCGGGUCGGAGCGCAAGAUCGAGCUGAGAGAGAAUGGAGUCUACGUACCGAAGAUGAAGCCGAUCUUCCCGUCCAUCACCUUCGUGAAUCAUCAAGCCAUCGCCACGGGUCUCUACGCCGAGACCCACGGGAUCAUAGCAAACGAUAUCAUCGAUACCGAGACGGGAGAAUUAGUAAACAUGUUCGUGGACGGUGAGAAAUUUGCUACCGCGGACCCACGCAUCAUCCCCAUCUGGGUGACGAAUGAAGAGGCAGGGGAAGGAAGGUAUUCGGGAGUGAGUAUGUGGGCUGGAAGUAAUUUUCACUGGGGCCCAAAUAAAGCACUUCCCACUCAUCUCACGUUGUACAAUGGGAGCGUGCCGUGGGAGGAGCGAGUGGACAUCGCCCUUUCCUGGUUCUCCGACCCGGAUCGACCGGCCAAUUUCGUCGUCUUCUACUUGGAGGAACCCGAUAGAACGGGGCACGAUAACGGGCCGGAUUCUCCGGAGGUGAAGGCGAUGGUGAAGAAGGUGGAUGCAUUGUUUGGAUAUCUCGUGUCUCGGCUCGAGGCUCUGAGCCUGUUAGACAGGACAAAUCUCAUCUUACUUUCGGACCACGGGAUGCUGGGAGUGAAUCGCAGCAUGGCAAUAAACCUAAACUCCAUCCCCGUCCCUCCCAGUGAUUACUUGCAUGCCACCAACUCUCCACUAGCACUCAUCUAUCCGCUGGAAGGGAAAGAGGAAAAAGUUUAUCAGGGAUUCUUCAAUGCAUCCAUGACGAAACCAUUCACAGUGUACAAAACGGAAAACACCCCCAAAGAAUGGCAUUACGGACCCACAUCACAUUCCCCACCAUUGUUCCUAGUUGCGGGCAAAGGAUAUACUUUCAGUGAUGAUGCCUGGUUGCUGAAUACCCCCGAAGACCCGAGGAACGAGAUGAUCGGGGUCCACGGAUACACCAAUUCCUUCCCCGAAAUGCAGGCCUACUUGAUCGCCCACGGCCCGGCAUUCAAGAAGGGGUACGUCUCCCCCGAAGAUGCCGUUUUCAACAAUAUUGAUGUGUAUCCUUUGCUCUGUCACCUCUUGGGAAUCCAAGCUCGUCCAAAUAACGGAACGCUGGAACACUCUAAGAAAUUUCUGAAGACAACCACCUCGACUGGCCACGGUUUCGGGUCAGUGUCGUCGCUGGGUCUCUGA